CGGCUGGGCAGAGUUCGGGGAGUUGUUGGACAGCCAUUGCAGUGUCGUGGCUCAGUAACAAAACACGAAAACGGAGAGAGAGCGAGAGAGCGAGAGGAAGAGCUGGUGUACCGCAGGCUCUCUUAUUUUUUUUUCCCGACCGGGAGACCGAAUUUACAUGACUACAAGAGCGAACGCAUUCGGCAAAUCACUCUCCUCCUAAAUAACGGGAUUCAACGGCUCCGGAUAUGUCAGGCCUUUUAAAUUGGCUUUAUAGCAGUUUCAGUGGUGUACUACAGUUCUUAGGACUGUACAAGAAAUCCGGCAAGUUAGUGUUUCUUGGCUUGGACAAUGCUGGCAAAACAACACUACUGCACAUGCUCAAAGAUGACAGAUUGGGACAGCAUGUGCCAACUUUACAUCCAACCUCAGAAGAGCUGACGAUUGCUGGCAUGACUUUCACCACCUUUGACCUUGGAGGCCACGCACAAGCCCGCAGAGUGUGGAAAAACUACCUCCCUGCCAUCAAUGGCAUUGUCUUCCUUGUGGAUUGUGCAGACCACACCAGAUUGGGAGAAUCAAAAGCAGAACUUGAUGCAUUAAUGACAGAUGAGACCAUCGGAAAUGUACCUAUCCUGAUUCUGGGCAACAAGAUCGACAGACCAGAGGCCAUCAGUGAGGAGAAGCUGAGGGAAAUUUUUGGAUUGUAUGGACAGACGACAGGCAAGGGUAACAUUCCCAUGAAGGAGCUGAACACGAGACCACUGGAGGUGUUCAUGUGCAGUGUGUUGAAGAGGCAGGGCUAUGGCGAGGGUUUCCGUUGGCUCUCUCAGUACAUCGAUUAAAGCAGCCAUGCCCCAUAACACACCCACACCACCACCAACAACACCAUCGGGAGGGGGCGCUAAACCCAGCCACUCAAGACGCCCAACCGUUACCACCAGUACCAUCAUACUCAGCCCCAUGUUUGGUUAAACAAGUCUGCCUCCACCUUCAGAGAAACCAGUACAACCUGAUCCCAAUAGACUUUUAUUGGUCGAACAUUUGGUUCUGCACUUACAGAAUUCAUACCUGUCCGUGCGCGCACACACUCACUCACUCGUUUCCAUCUGUCUUUUUCUAAGAGAGUAACAUAGCAUUGGUUCCACAGCAAAGGAUGUUCAAAUUCAAACGAAUGCAUUUUUUCUAUAUUGUGUCUGUCGUUUGCUGCCCUCUCCCCCCUCCCUUCCUGCCAUCUGUUGAGUGUGAUGAUAGAUGCAUUAUAACUGUAAAUCUGUAUAUGAUUCCAUUGGUAUAUCAACAAUCCCUGAUGCCUCUUUCCCCUCUUCAACUCAUUUUGAGCAAUGCGAAAGAGCACCAUAGUUGUAUACAUUGCAGUACACUUUUUUAACAGUAAAGACAUUCAUUCCACAUUCUAUUUAAUCAACGCAUUUUGGUUUGUCCUGUUUUUGUUUUGUUUUCUUCUUGUUUUUUUUUCUUUUACAUUUCAAUAAAUAAAAUGUGUGGCCACGUAUACAGCCCGCACUAUAGAGGCAUGGCUGUUUCACCCAUUUAUUAAAAUUUAUCUUAGUGUAUCAGAAAUUAAAUCCAUUACUUUAGGUUACUUGGAAGUUAAAAUACUUUUGUUCCAGACUUCUAUCUCAUGGGCACAGUAGCAUUGAAUAGAUCCAAGUAAGUCUGUCGGCUCCCCUUUUAAAACAGAAGCAUGGGGUGGUAGUAUAGCAGAUGGGAGAAGAUGUUUUUAAUAGAAAAUAAUACUGGCUAUAACCCAGGCAAGGUUUGAUGAAAUCGUGUAGAUGACACAAUGGUCAGUUGACGCAAAGAAAACUAUUUAAGUUAAAGAAACUUUGGGAUAAAUAGCUUGAUAACAUGCAGUAAGCGAUGAAGGGAUGAAUAAACAGAUGCUUGUAACAUCUAGGAGAAGUCAAUAUUAGAAGUCCAUCCUACCAAUGUAUCUUCCAGCGCAGACCUCUUUACAGGCUGACUCUAGACCAAGCGUAGACAACAGGAGACAGUCCUACAGCAGGAACAGGUAGAUAGGCCUAAAACGCCUCUAAGAAAGGGACCAUAUAUAUACAUAUAUAUGAAAUGUACACCAACAUCGUACAUGGAUUUUGAAUUUAAGUGGUAUCCUUUAAUCUAUGUGCAUUACCAGAAACUAUUAUGCAUGCCUUGUUCUUUUGAUUUUUUUUAAUGACCAUUAUUCCAGAGAGUGCAACAAGAGGGAAAAAAGAUGCCAAAAUUUACAAUGAGAGCUGAUUGUCAUGAUUUUUUUUUUUGUUGUUGUUUUUGUUUUUUUUAACGGAAACAAUGGAAUUGCGCUUAAUACACAUUUUUUCUGUCCCUAUCCCUUUGUGUCUCUUUCAUUCCCUCAUGACUACGUGAUGAGCUGUUCCAACGAGGGUGGGACUCGCUGUUGUUUGCAUCAUAAAAAAAUGUAAUAAAUGUUUUCAAUGAA